AUGUCCUUUAUUCAUGGACUCCUUGAAAAUAGCAGCAAGGAGGUGCGCGAAAGGAAACGAAGGCUACUGGAACGCGACUAUACUGAAACGGAGGAAGUACUGAAUGUGUACUUGAACGAAAAGUAUGAUGAGGUUACGCAGAUCCUGAACAUAUAUCGCGACGUUUCAGAGGACCUUCAAAAAAAUCGUAGGGCAGUUCAAAAAAUGAAACGUGAUAUUGGUCAAUGCAAAUGUCUGUUAAGUUUUAACAGAGAAGAACUACGGCGUCUUUGGUUGGAGUUAGUUGAGCAACGGCGCUCUCUUGAGCUUAUUGAAGUGCUCGAUCGUGUAAAAAGCGCACCUGAGGUCUUGAAAAAUUUAAUCGCAGCUAAAGCUUGGCCCGAAGCUACCGAAUACUUGCUUAAAAUGACCGAAAUAAUGACCAAGGAGGUGGAACAUGUGCCGGCUUUGGAUACCGUGAAGGCUGAGCUGUCUGCCAAGAAGAAGAUUCUGACUGAUGAAAUGCGUUCAACUCUUUUUUUCCUCGUGUUUAAUCAGCCGAUAGCUUUAGCGAUCAGCGAUAGGAAUAACCGUUACAAUACGGGUGUAGGAAUGCAGUAUUCACGACCUAUGACAUCACACAUCGCGGAUAAUUUGUCUGAUUUCUGCUCGUCUCGUCGGGGAAGCCAGUUAGUCGAUGCUGUCUCGGCCCUCUGUGGUCUUCCACUCUCUGAUUGGCGCUCCCUUUCAUCCGACCCACCGGAAGUCGAUUCAAGUCUCUUCAGGGAUCCCCUGGCAGUGGCCGGAAGCCUUCUUUCUAAGCACCUAGGUAGUGAUUCCCUUGCCUCGUCGAAGGAAGCUAAAAAUAGAACGAUGCACCAUCCUUAUGGAGCCAAUCGAACCCGUGAUUUCACGGAUCGCAUGAUAACUGACAAAGGGCAGUGGGCGGAGAACAUAGUCGCAUUAACUCAUUGUCUGCACCGGUUACAAAAGCUGUCCCAGGCUUUCUCUUCGUGGCGUCGCAAGACACAGAACGAUUUUUCGGGAAUCCCUACUUCAAAAUCCACCCAGAAUAACAAUGAAAUAUUUGUGCCAGGAUCUGGAUUGAUUGCAGAGAUUCAUAAUUCCAUAACUCUUCCAGCUGUUGCGGAGAUCGAACGCACGCAAGUUCUUUGCCUGGCUUUUAACCCAUCUUCCGCCACACAGGGGGAAACAGCUCCAUCUUCCACCCUAGCCGACCCAACUUAUUUGGUUGAGCUGUUGGAAUUACUCUUUCCUGCUCUUUGCAUGCACUUCAAUGCCUUUAUGCUGGUCUUAAAAACAACGAGGAAAAUUAAAGAGCAAAAUCCUGAUGUUUCCUUCCAAUUUUCGGAUGUACUUUCGGAGGAACACAUUUGGGAGUACAUUCAAAUAGAAGUGAGUAUCAGUCCACACCCCUGGCAAUUGGUGGUUACUUUUUUGGUGGAAUUUAUUGUUGGAUGCAAAAGCUCGCUCUUCUCAUGCUUACUGGCCAAUUUUGUACGUAUGCAGGUUCAAACUGUUCUCUCCGCUCAUCUAUCAAACCAGAAACCUUUAAAUAAUCCUGCGCUUCCAAUGACUGACAAUCGCAGUUCUUCAGCAUCAGUAGCAGCGGUGUCUACUUUCAAUGCGAGCAAGUUGGAUCUAAAUGCGUUAAUGGGUAAACGAAAGGGGGCUCUCCCUGCCUUCCUCUCAGGCGUCACCGGCGAUUCAAGUGGUUCAUCAAACGCGCAUCACAGUGGACUAAAUGAUGGAUUUUCGGCAUUCAACAAUGGCGAAUCCUUUUUUAGUUUCUCUAAAACGGCUCACAGUCUGAGUUUAAACAGUUACCUUCGUGAAAACCACAUCAGCAUACCUUCUGCAAGUUUACAUCUUACUAAUUUUUUAGUCAACAGCGAUAGUGUGCUGAGUAUUAAUUCUAACCUGAGUAAGAAAAGUUAUUUGGAGGAACAGUGUUUUGGUCGUUUAUCAGAUGAUUCAAUUAGUACAAAACCAUUGACUAUGGAGGAUGGUGGUGGAGUGCAGGGGGAAACGAUUUCGUCCUACCCAGUCGUCUGUCAUCCCUCAGCUGGAAAUGUGAAGAGUAUCUACUCCUUGGUGCUCGCUUUCGCGCGCCAUAUUGAAACGCAGCCUGUGUCGUCGCAAGGCCUGGUUCAUCGAGCCCUCAGCAACGAUGGAGAUGGGACAACUCUGGUCACCACGGCUAACGAACGACGUCCACCUCCGGCCGUGCCUUUGCGGGAAAAUAAGAACACUACAGGUCCCACCUUUAUUGUUCAGGGUCUCAGGGGCGCUAUCUUUGCUAUGGGAGCACAGAAAAUGUUACCAAAGAGGCUUACGAUUCGGUGCCAGCUGCGGGUGUUUUUGCUCAGCUUCAUCGAUCGCCUUUAUUUACCAAACGCGGAAGUGGAACUGCGUCAACCGAUUGUGCUCGCAGUCUCGAACUAUUUUGCUCCAGGCCCAGAUGCAUUGACGUCCACCGUUUCUCAACAUAUACAGCGAGAGCUGGGCCUCCAACGUCCCAUUCUCUCUGUUGCCUACCUGACGAAUCAUGCCCUUGGGGAAAGCAAAGGCAUGGCCAUAUCUCUUCCUGAUUAUGCCGCAAACUGCGCAAAAAUAGGCCUCUCUGUCCUUGAGACCUUCCUCACCUGGGCUUCAUCAGUCUAUAAAAGUAUAAGUGUCUCGGAAGCCAAUGGAACAACGAUUCCCAGUGCAGAAUGGGCACGAGACAAUGAUCUUAGCAGGUUUUGGACAAAUUUCCCUGUUUGGCAACGUAUGAUGGCGGCAGAUGCCUUUGCGACUGUCAACACAGUGCACAAUGUUGGAAACCCUCACGAUCCUCAGCUCGGCAUUGGAGUGAACAACAACAGGUCAACAAUUUUUGGCGAUCCUUGCCAUCCUUCUACCGCUGGUUCGAGUCUCAGUUCGGCGGCAGCCAUUGUGUUGGGUCUCUCUAACCUUGGGAUCAACGGGCGCACCGACUCGACAUUCGCAGGAGGAGCUAGUCUGCAAGCCAUCCCUUUCGCCAAUUCUGUGGGGCAGAGCAGUGGUGUGGAGGAUGAUCAGGCUGAUGGGGGUGGCAAUGGUGCUGCUGUAAGCAAUGGAGGAAUUUCGAAGCAGGAGGACAUUCUCCUCCAUGAACGGGAGGCAACUCGUCUGGCAGUGAAAGAGAUGGAUAACUUGCUUCACAUCAUUGGUGACGAAGUCGGCUCAAGCACUGAUUUUUGUCUACCCACUGCCGGUAUGCUGACCAUUAAGAGCAUGGGACGUCUACGCGAAUCGGUGCACUGGUUGGAGCGGUGUGUGCAGAACUGGCUAGCAUGGCUCGAGGGUAAUGUGUUGGACCUUGACAUGGCACCGUUCACCAAAGCUGCUGAGGAGCUCACUUCCCUCUCCGACGCUACCCUUCUCACGGUUUACCUCGACGUGCGUGUGCAGGCCUACAACCUUUUUGGCAAUCUUCCUCGAACGGCUAACUUCUGGUGCCCUGUGGACGAAGUAGACGUAGACCCCGAAGUUACUCGCUGUCUUAUUUACUGGGAUCAACUGCAGGAGGUUUUGAUUCAUUCAUUCUGUCCUCAUGAAAUCAGGCACGCAUUAGAAGUAUCAUUUUUUAAACAUUUAUUCAUUUUUGAUGGGCUCGGAGAUUUCAUAUCGCAAAUAUUUCUUCGUCUUAUUCCCCAAAUUACACGAAUGAAUGUGAACGGAAAUCGAAAAAUGUGCCGAAAUAUCUACAAGUUACAACAGGCUUUGGCUUUAUUGACUGAAAAUCAUGAAUCUGAUUUGAUUCGAGUUAAGCAGCUCUACGAGCUAUUCUAUUUAAAUCCUGAGGCUGUGGUGAACAGAGUAAUCGAGCAGGGAGUUGCAUUUGAGGUUGGAGUUUACCAAAACCUUCUUAGACUCUACCAGCGGAGUCAUCCAUCGCACGAUCACAGUCGAACCGAUGACAGUAUUACCAAACUCGCGCAGAUUAUUCGAGCCUGA